AUGACGUCACACAAUGGCACACUUAGAUGGGAAGUACAGUAGUGUAGUAGCCCUCGGUGAAGUUGUCACUGAGAUCUAACAGAAAAUGGCAACUUUUGUAACCCACUGUGUAUUCUCGCCAAAUCGGAGAAACACUUUGCUUGCAUUGGCUUUCAUUUUAACAUCCAUUCCGCCGCUUAAUGCCGUAUUAGAGAAGGGGAAAUGGACUCUCGAUGUGGACAGCGACAUAAUAAAGAAACAAAAUUACUUCUAUUACCCAAAGACGAUGUUUAAUAAGUCCCUGAUUGAAAUCAAAUGGCUCAGAGAAGAAUGCAAUCCUCCUGUAAACUUGACUAUAUCGUGGUAUCUACGCAGCUGCCGGUGCUUUGAAGAAGCAUUUGGUCUAGAUUCUCAAAGGGCGUCGUCGUACUUCGGCAGCGAAACAGUGAGUAAGAUCGGAGACAGCGGGUCCUUUAUCACCCACAAGUACGAUCCGAUCGAAUGCCACCGACCCAUGGCCAAAAAUGUGUUGGCAGUGCCAGAUUUUGAUAAACAAACACCUCUGAAAACUCAACAACUGGUAACAUCAAAUACACCAGCUAGGAGGAGGAGAGACACAGAGGCCUCAGAAACUCAUCCAAAGGUGUCAAGCAGUGUUGUGGAAAAUAAAGACAAGAUUCCGUCAGCUGAUCAGAACCCCGCACAAGAAGCCGUGGCACAGACUUGGGAGGACAGCCCUUACAUGUUCAUUAUCUACAUUACAAAGCCAGACACAGAUACAAAAUGGAGCAUUACGUUGGAAAUCACCAUGUGGGGUCCUCAUCAGUACAUGUCAGCCUCGGAGUGGCCUCUUAUGAUUUUCUACAUGGUGAUGUGCAUCAUUUACGUGCUGUUGGGUGUGCUGUGGCUUGCUCUCUCUGCCUGCUACUGGAGAGACCUUUUGCGUAUCCAGUUCUGGAUAGGAGGUGUCAUUUUCCUGGGCAUGCUAGAGAAGGCUGUCUACUAUGCAGAGUUUCAGAGCAUCCGCUAUGAUGGACUCUCGGUCCAGGGUGCGGUGGUUUUUGCUGAAGUAUUGUCUGCUGUGAAGAGAACUCUGGCUCGAGUGCUUGUCAUAAUUGCCAGUCUGGGUUAUGGUAUUGUCAAACCAAGGCUUGGAGCGUUGCUGCACAGAGUGGUAGGAGUAGGACUGCUCUAUCUCGGCUUCUCCGUUGUCGAGGGCGUUCUCAGAGUCAACUCGGAGCAGGGGAGCUCCAGCAGACUACUGUGUGACAUUGUUCUGGCUGUCACUGACUCUUGCGUUGUGUGUUACAUAUUCAUAAGCUUGGCACAAACCAUGAAGCUUUUGCGGCUUAGGAGAAACGUGGUUAAGCUCUCCCUUUAUCGCCACUUCACCAACACCCUCAUCUUUGCAGUCAUAGCUUCAGUCAUUUUUAUCAUUUGGACAACAAAGACCUUCAAGUUAUCAAAAUGCCAGUCUGACUGGAGGGAGAUGUGGAUAGAUGAUGCAUUCUGGCGUUUUCUCUUCUCUACUAUCUUGCUUGUCAUCAUGUUCCUGUGGAGGCCAUCUGCCAACAAUCAGAGGUAUGCUUUUAGCCCACUGGUGGAUGAGAUUAGUGAUGAGGAAGCAGAGCAACUAGUGAAUGAAGCCUUUGAAGGUGUUAAAAUGAGAGGUAUUAAAUCAGAGACCAAUGGAAGUGUGAAGCCUAGUAAAGUGGAUGAAGAUCUGAAAUGGGUUGAAGAAAACAUCCCCUCUUCAAUGGCUGAUGUUGCACUGCCCCCUCUGUUGGACUCAGAUGAGGAAAUCAUGACAACAAAAUUUGAAAUGUCAAAGAUGGAAUAAAAUUAUGCUGUGUAUAUGUUGUAAAUAUUGAGUGUCUGUGACUGUAAGUGCUUAUUUUAUUUUACUUUAUUUUAUAUUAUUUUAUUUUAUUUUAUAUUAUUUUAUUUUAUUAUCUUGAAUUAUAAGGGAUGUAUGUAAAUAUGUGGGAUGUGAAUAAUGAAGGUACCGAUGGACAGUUAAUAUUUUGCCUGUAUUGCCUGUUUGUAUUUAUAUUUUCACUGGAAAGGUAUUGGCUUCUUCGACCCAAACCGUAAUCAUAUUUGACAUUUGUUUACAUAUCUGGAAUUCAAAAUGUGAUUAAAAUCUACUACUUUAUA